CACACAGAGUCAGAGUUGGUCGCAGCGGCUGAUGUUUCAGAGAUUCUCAUGAGGACCAGAUAGAACUCAACCCGCUGCACACACGUGCAGGAUCAUCCGGUGUGUCUGUGCAUGACAACAUGUCAGACCUGUGGACCUUUCCUUCACCUCCUCCCAUCAUCCAUCACUCCUCCCAGUCCAACGCACCGUCUCCUUUCUCCUCGCCUGUGUUGCUAAGGAACCAUGGAAACCCUCCUCCUCCUCCUUCCAAGGGAACCUCCCCUCAACCGUGUCCGUCUCAGGUAACCUCCCCAGAUGUGGUGCUUCAGACCCAGAUGUCCUCAUUUCAGGUUUCCCCACCUCAGGUAAUCUCCCCGAACAUGUCCUAUACCCAGAUGACCUACCCGAACAUGUCCCACCCCCAGGUGAGCUCCCCUCACAUGUCCCACCCCCAGGUGAGCUCCCCUCUUAUGUCCCACCCCCAAGUGAGUUCCCCUCACAUGUCCCACCCCCAAGUGAGUUCCCCUCACAUGUCCCACCCCCAGGUGAGCUCCCCUCACAUGUCCCACCCCCAGGUGACCUCUCCUCACAUGUCCCACCCCCAAGUGAGCUCCCCUCACAUGUCCCACCCCCAGGUGAGCUCCCCUCUCAUGUCCCACCCCCAGGUGAGCUCCCCUCACAUGUCCCACCCCCAGGUGAGCUCCCCUCACAUGUCCCACCCCCAGGUGAGCUCUCCUCACAUGUCCCACCCCCAGGUGAGCUCCCCUCACAUGUCCCACCCCCAGGUGAGCUCCCCUCACAUGUCCCACCCCCAGGUGACCUCUCCUCUCAUGUCCCACCCCCAGGUGAGCCCCCCUCACAUGUCCCACCCCCAGGUGAGCUCCCCUCACAUGUCCUACCCCCAGGUGACCUCUCCUCACAUGUCCCACCCCCAAGUGAGCUCUCCUCACAUGUCCCACCCCCAGGUGAGCUCCCUCACUCUAUACCAGUCCCAAAUGCCGCCCCUCCACCCGUCCUCCCCCCAGGUAAACUCCCCUAAUCACCUACCACCUGCUCAGGUGAACCCCCCCCUCUUUUCCCAUCCCCAUGUUACCUCCCCCCACCUAAUGCCGCCAGCUCAGCACCUCCUCUUCAACCAACAUCCUGAUCCAGAGUUGAACCUUUCCACCUGGAACCAGUGCGAGCCCUCCGCGGAUCUUACCUGCUUCCUCAACGGUGGAGGUUUCCCUUACCAGACUGCCCCCCAUGUGGAUCUCCACCUCCAGAAUCUGAACCAGUUCGGCCUCGGAGAGAUUCCCCGGGGAGAUGAACCAGACAACACGUUCUUCAACAAUCACACACUUGAUAUCACUGCAUUGUUUGAGGCGAGUGACGCCCCGGGUCCGGAUGAGCAGACCCUGGGGGGGCUGGUGUCCCCCGUGUCCCAGCUGCACUGCUCCCCGCUGGGCUCCACAUCUGCAGGAGCUGCCCUGGGGAACUGGAGGUCCAACGAGUUGAGCUCCUCAUCUGCCGAGAUCUUCCCCAGGAGCCAGUUCUUCUUCAAAGAUUACCGAGACGGCAUCGGCCCGGAGCCUUUCUGUAGCCCCACGACCCCCGGGCCGGGUCCUCAUUACCCCCAGAGCCCGGCCGUCUCCAGUCCAGGUCUUCACCUGCACCCCACCACGGACCGGAUGGGGUUCAGCCCACCAGCAGCCACCAGAGCCACACAGCUGAACAGAGAUCUCCCCUGCGUGGCAUCCAAAACGGGCCAGCAACGCCAACGCCGGACCAGCCAGCACCGCACCAGCCAACGCCUCCCUCUGAGCCGGGCCGAGCAGGACCCGGACCCGGGCGGCCUCCAGAAGGCUGUUGGCAUCUCUGAGGGAGGAGGACAGGAGUCCGGCAGGACCGGCCCGAGUCUGCAGAGAGGAGUUCUGACCUGCAGGUCCGGGAGAGGAGGAGGGAGAGCUGGACCGAGGGGGAACAGCCAGACAGACGUGGUCGACCGGACCUGGGUGAAACAGAUGCAGCGUGAAAGCAGCUCUGAGGUUCCUGAUUUCAGGCUGCUGUGUAUGGUGUGUAAGCGGGACUUCAAGAGCCUGCCGGCGUUAAACGGUCACAUGCGCUCCCACAGCGGCUUCAGAUCACCUACAUUGAUGAAAAAGGACUCCCCCCCACCUCAGCAUCCUGUUUCCAUGGUGAUGCCCGUCUCCGUGCCGGUGAGGACGAGGGGCGUGUCCACGGCGGGGAGGCGGGGCCAGAGGCGAUGUGCCCUCCUCCGGCCGGCCACCAGGGGCGCGGCGCUCUUCCGCAGCCUGAUGCACCUGGAGCUGGACGGGGAGGCUGUUGCCCGGGGCGACGCGGGCGACAGAUUCACCCCCGCCCCCAUGCUGAGCCCCCAGAGGCCGGGGCCGGGGCUGUUCUGCUCCCUGGCCACCAGGGGGCAGCAGACGCAGCAGACGAGGAAAGUCCACGAUGGAUUGUGCGAGGCCGUAGCCGUGGCAACGCCCUGUCCUCCACCUGGAACACUAACGUUGGGGAUCCUCAAACCGAAGAUCAAUGUAGGGCGGAGCUUCCAGGCUGAGAUCCCGCCCCUACGGGAUAGGGACGGUGCUAGUUCCGACUCCCACGAUGCUGAGCUGCUCUGGACGCCGUGGGACGAGCUGGAGCAUCCAGUCAGCCAUCAGAGAGUGGAGGCCCUGCUGAUGAUGGCUCGGUCCAGCGUGGUGCCAGGAGGCGGGGUCGGGCCAGAACACACCCUCCACAUCCUGUCGGAGUCCAGAGGAGACUUUCUGGCGACGGUGGAGAAGCUGCUGUCGUCACUCAACACCCACCUCACAGGUUCCAGGUGUGCUGCAGGUGCCAGGUGGAGCGCGGCGGAGCGCAGGCAGCUGCUCCGGUCCCUGCAGCUCCACCGGAAAGACUUCAGCAGCAUCCAGAAGGCCGUCCAGACCAAGACCGUCUCCGAGUGCGUGGAGUUCUACUACCUGUGGAAGAAGAAGCUGUUCCUGGGCCGGAAGCCCCCGACCGUCACCCUGCCGGACUCUAACAGUCAGCGUUUGUUGAAGUCUUCCUGAGGCGGCGGCCACCGACCCGUCUGUGGAGAGACACACUACCUGCAGCACAAACACACACCUGCUUUCAUCAUGGAAGUACGGUGGCCGAGACCCGCCAUUGCUGAAAAUAAAAGUAACGCUGCAAACAGAAACAAACGCCGCUGCAAAUUAAAGAAACGCUGCAAAUAAAAAGAAACGCCGUUGCAAAUAAAAAAAAA